GUGCCUCUCACAUGCAAACACAAGUUCAAACCCCACCCCACCUCACUCUGCUGCCAGCUGUUUCUGGUUAGGCAGUCGGGCCUGCUGUAAAAGAGGAGGAGCAGGCAGGCUGGAGUUAUGGAGCGGCAGCUGGAGCUCACUGCCCUCGGUCUGGGCCUCACAGGGUGGCUUUGUUCAAUUCUGACUCGCUGCCUGGCUCUGUGGAAGGUGAGCGGCACCCUGGACAACACCACGGCUACUCUGCCUGCCUACUGGGAUGGGGUGUGGCUGGAAUGGGAUCACUGGGACUUGGCCCACGAUGGCAGCCUGCACUGCUCCUUCUACCAGUCUCUCAUGUCUCUUUCUGGAAGUUUUCGGAUGUGGAGAGCCCUAAUCAUGGCAGCCAUCGGAGCUGGGGGUUUUGCUGCGGUGAUUGGAUCAGUGGGGGCAGUGUGGUUCCCUCUGCGUGGUCAGAUCAAAGUGUUUUCUGGUACUCUCUUUGUUGUGUCUGGGAUCCUACUGCUGAUCCCCACAGCCUGGACAUGCCAUCACACCAGUCAGCCACUGGAGGGUGUUGUGCUGCUGAGACGAGACUGGGGCCCUGCACUGUACCUCGGGUGGAUCUCCUUUGCUUUGAUGCUGGUCGGAGGGGUGUUUCUCACCACCAGAUGCCCCACUGGUGAGAGGCAGGUGCAGCAGCCUGGAGGGAGCAGGUACCCAAAUGUAGAGGAGGAGGCGAAUCACCCACUCAGCAGGAUCAACAGGACUACGUUCACAAACAGCCAGUAUGAACGCAGAUCAGAGCCUCUCUGAGGGAAUAUAUACUGGGAAAUCAUUAAUAUGUGAGAUGACUGUGGGUAGAUUUAACAGCAGAGGAAAACUUCUGUCUGCACUUGUUGAGUUAUGAUGCACUGGCUUAACUAAGCAUGAGUUUAACAUUAGAAAGUACAAGCACAGCAAUGUGUCAGGUAACUAGUUUUACUGACAGGGAUGUGGGUAGGACUGAAUUUGCAUUUUGUUUUGCUGUGUUUCUUCCAUCUCUAUUGAAGCUGUAUACAUUAGUACUGAUUUACAUUCUGGUAAUAAUUAUAAUACUCAUCAUUGUGAUAUAAGGUUGGGGUGGCCCUCUGUCUCUGUAAGGCGUGAUAGACACUGUGUUUUUGUAUUUAUAAGGCCCUUGCUGGCUCUUUGCCUGCUUGCAUUACUCUGUCUGUAAAUGUGGGCCCCUGUGUUACAGGUUGUUGAUUUUUAUGAGCUUGGAAAAGCCAGUUGGUCUCGUUGUGCACCUGCAACCUAGAAUAACAUGCAGAACAAUGUAAUGCUUACCUCAUUUCCAUACUUAGGGUUAUUAAACAUUUUAAUCUCAUUUUAUUACACUUCCAGUUGUAAUUGUCUUUGUUGAUUUGUUGCUUAAAAUUGCUUUAUUUAUGUUUUACUAAUUGGCUUUUUAUUACUUUAAUCAGGCUUUUUAUCUAGGCUUAUUUUUUGUGUUUAUUGGUACCUAGGAUCUUGUGUUUAUAUAUUUAUUCAAUUCCACCAGGCUAUAUUGUAAAUGAGGUCUCUACCUCAGAGUCAGAGGAUGAACAUUCAACUCAAUUUCCCCGAUUCAAUAGCACUGUAAAAUUAAACUGUUUGCUUUACUUGAUGCAGUUAUUGACACUAAACUUGCAUUAAGACAUUACAGCCAUCGGAUAUAUUGUAAUGCCUUAAAUGUGAAUGUGUUAAUAUUGAUCUUCAAACUUAAUACUGUAUUGCACAUAUACAUUGCCCUACAUUAGAGUAAUGCAAUUUCAUAUGUUUUGUUUUGUUGAGAGUGGCAGAAAUGUUUACAUCUGAGAUGAAUUCUUGUGCACUGUGGAAUAAAGCAAAUGAUUCAGAUAUA